AUGAACGAGCAGCAGCAUAACCUGAUGGGCGCCGCACCGCAAGCCUCAACAAGCGGAUUUUCGCCAGCUAUGAAGAAAGAAGAUACAGAAUUGGCAACAAUUUCCAUUGGUAGCAGAAUCCCAGAAUUUUGGAAGGAUAACCCUCGCCUGUGGUUUUAUCAAGUCGAGGCAAUUCUAGCUCCACAGAAGACAUCGGAUGCGAAUAAAUAUUUUAUGUGCGUCGCGAAGCUGAACAGGGACGCCAUUCAGCAAGUUGCAGACAUCUUGGCAAAUCCGCCGCAGCAGAAUAAAUAUGAAGCGCUGAAAAAUCGACUACUGCAAAUUUAUGAAGAAUCGGAGGCGCGGCAAGUAAGAAAAUUAAUUUCCGAAAUCGAGCUUGGUGACCAGAAACCGAGUCAGCUGCUUAGAAGAAUGAAGGAAUUAGCUAGAGGAAAAAUCGAAGACGAGACCCUGAAGAUUUUGUGGCAAGGUCACUUACCUUCUACGGUCCAAGCGGUCCUAGCAGUGACGUCCACUAGUAAUCUAGAAGAAUUAGCAGGAAUAGCAGAUAAAAUCAUGGACACUCACCAGCCCUGUAAUAUCGGCGAAGUAGCAAGUGGUCAGCAGCAGCCAUCGUCAACCAGCUUCGAGGUAGCAGCCAUAAUAGCAGAGAUCGCGAAAAUGAACCUGAAAAUUAACCAGUUAGAAGCACAAAGAGAUGGAGUCCGGAGCAGAAGCAGGAGCAGGAGCAGGCCGACUGGGAACUAUGCAAGGGAGCGGACACGAUCGAGACCACGUCGAGCGCCAGGGAGUCCAGGUUGGCUGUGCACGUACCACUGGAAGUAUCGAGGACGAGCCCCCAUGCAGCUGGGAGAACAAGAGAGAAGCCCACGUCCCGAGGACGGAAAACUAGCAGAGCUGCAGCCGGUGGCGGGAGGCAGCGCAGUUUCCGAUCACCGCCUAAUUAUAUUAAUGGACGCUGCUUAG